AUGGAAGGCACAAGCAGGCAUGCGCCGCUGGUGCCACCCAGCAAGCGGGCCAGGGAGACGCCCCCACGGGGUGAAAGAGCACGGAGACUCGGCUUGCUGGGCGGCCUCAGGCUGGAGGGGCACGCGGGUGCUGGUGCCACUUGAUGGUGAGCCUGCCAGCCUCAGCCCUGCCAGCAGCCGCCUGCUUGGCUCUGGCCAUCUGCCUGCAGAGGGCGCUUGGGCUGCGGGGCGGCUGGGCAGGACCUGUCCCCUGCUGCUCUUAGCAAGCAGGGCAGGCGUCAGGGCUGAUGGGAGUUGUAGUCCAAGGCCCCUCUGAGGCCCCGCAGGAGGGGCGAGGGCGGGAGGUUGGGAAGCGGCCACGUGAAGGCAGGCAGGCAGGCAGACAAACGGCGGCCUGCUCGGAGGCGUCUCCUCGAGGCCCUCCUAGGGAGGCGGAGCGGGAGGGAGGGAGGCGCCGGAGGAGACGUCAACGCGCAGUCCAGCGUCGCUUCCUCGAGAAAUCGCCGCGAGCGCCCGCAUUGGCUUUCGUUGCACCACGUGCUCCGGGCGCUGCCCUUCCAUUGGACGCUUUCUCUCGUGCUCCGAAGGCGGCGUGUGGGCAAAGCGGUGCGUGGGUCUCGGCGCCUGCUGUUGCUCCGAGAAGGGCAAGAGCCGCCUCCCGCCGCGAGGGUCCCCGAGGAGCGGCGGCCGAAGGAGCAGCCGGGCGCCGGGAGAAGCGCUGCUCCAGUCCCUCGCUCGCGCGGGCGCCAGGUGAGCCUCAGGCCCCGCGGGGCCUCCGCCGCCGAGAGGCCUCCCCCCCCCCCCCGCGCCCCUUCUCCCACGAGGGGACUCGAGGCGCCGCUCUUGCCCGUCAGCCUCUCAGGAGUGGGCUGCCUCCCUCCCCGGGGCUUUGCCUGCUGUUGGUCGCCUGGAAGCCUCCUUGGGUCGCCUUGGGCAGGUGUCAUAAGGAAUAGUCAUCCCAUGAGGUCCCGUUUCUCUGAAAUGCUCCCGCUCCGGUGCCUGCGGGGAUCCGAAGAGCCUCGUGCCCUUGGAGCAUCCCUGUGCUGAGCUUGGCUUUCCUGGUGCUGUAGUCCAAAGUCUUGCAGAAAUGCAGCUCCCAGGGGCAGCACCAGUGUUAGUGAGGUUACAGGGAGCCAGGCAGAGAGCCGCCUCAGUAGUUCCGCCCGCCCUGUGGAGCAGCCUCCCCUCAGAUGUCGAGGAAAUAAACAGCUACCUGACUUUUAGAAGACAUCUGAAGGCAGCCCUGUAUAGCGAAGUUGUAAAUAGUUGAAGUUUUUAAUAUUCUAUUGAGUUCUGCCCAGAGUAGCUGGGGAAACCCGGCACGAUGGGCGGGAUAUAAAUAAAUAAUAAUAAUAAUUCAGAAAAGCUAGGAGAAAUGGCACCCUCAACCUAGGUUUCAGUCACCACAACAAUACAUACAGGCACUUUUUUUUAGACAAUUACUAAACCAAAUGAGGAUAAGAUGGGGGAUUUAGCUAAAGAUGGAAUAAAUGCUGUGCACAAAAGACAAGUUAUUUUGAAAGAAAGAAUCAAUCAAGUCUCCUUCACUGGAGGUUUUAAAACAGAGGUCGGAUGGUUGUUCGUUAUGGAUGCUUUAGUUGGGAUUCCUGCAUUGCAGGGGGUUGGUCUAGAUCAGGGGUUGUUCCAUCAAGCACUGGUGGGUGGUAAGGAAAUUUUACCAUCAAGAAAGAUGCAUUAGUGGGCGGUAGGUAUAAAAAGGUUGACUAUGCAUGGCCUAGAUGACUUGGGGUCAUUUCCAACUCUACAAUUUUAUGAUUCUAAGUUGCAAAGCAGUUUUAUUCCAGCAAAAGUAAAAACCAAACCUCUUUUACGCAAUUAGAGCAGGUAGCUUACUGAAACCUUUAUCUUCAUAAAUUUGUAAAAAAAAAACUUUGCAUAGAGAAUUUAUGUGGUCCUUUUUGUGGUACUUGGAGGGUACAGGUCGUACAGUGAACAAGCACAGUGGGACUUAAGUUUAUUUUAUUUUUAAAAAAUAAUAUUUAUUCCAAAUUUAAAAUCACAGAAAAAAAGAAAAGCCAUACAGAGUACAAAGAAAUCUUUGACCAUAACAGAGCAAAAAAUAAACAAGUAAAAAGAACAAUAAGAUAGAAUAAAAAAGAAAACUUAACAAAAAAUGUAUUAAGUUAAAAAUAAAACAAAAGCAGGUUAAACCUUUACAUAUCCUUUUCCCUUUACUUAUUUCCAUUGACCUCCUCUCACCUCCCAAUUUUGUAUUCUAGUUCAAAUCGUAUUUCCAGCAAAUCCCUCUAAUCUUAUUUUCAUUUACGUAUUUUAAAAUUAAAGUAAUAUAAUUAAACCUCCUCUAUUUCAUCAAAUUCAUCAACUCAUCUUUGCUUAUUCCAUUAUAUCGUAUCUACCGAAACGACCUAAUAUUCUUUUUCCAACCUCCUUCUAACAUUCUUUUAUAUUGCAAUACUUUUGAAGAUAUAUUUUGAAUUUUUUCCAAUCUUCUUCCAUCGACCCUUCUCCCUGGUCUCAAAUUCUGCCGGUCAUCUCAGCCAGCUCCAUGUAGUCCAUCACUUUCAUCUGCCAUUCUUCUCGGGUGGGCAAUUCUUGUGUCUUCCAGUACUUCCCGAUGAGUAUUCUUGCUGCUGUUGUAGCAUACAUAAAAAAAGUUCUAUCCUCCCUUCUCACCAAUUGGCCGACCAUGCCCAGAAGAAAGGCCUCUGGUUUCUUCAGAAAGGUAUAUUUAAAUACCUUUUUCAGUUCAUUAUAUAUCAUUUCCCAGAAAGCCUUAAUCCUUGGGCAUGUCCACCAAAGGUGAAAAAAUGUACCCUCCGUCUCUUUACAUUUCCAACAUUUACUGUCUGGCAAAUGAUAGAUUUUUGCUAGCUUGACUGGGGUUAAGUACCACCUGUAAAUCAUUUUCAUUAUAUUUUCUCUUAAGGCAUUACAAGCCGUAAAUUUCAUACCUGUGGUCCAUAACUGUUCCCAGUCAGCAAACAUAAUAUUAUGUCCAAAAUCUUGUGCCCAUUUAAUCAUAACAGAUUUAACCGUUUCAUCCUGUGUAUUCCAUUUCAACAGCAAGUUAUACAUUCUUGAUAAAUUCUUAGUUUUAGGAUCUAACAGUUCUGUUUCCAAUUUUGAUUUUUCCUCCUGGAAACCAAUCUUUUUAUCUAAAUUAUAAGCCUCCCUUAUUUGAUAGUAAUGAAGCCAGUCUCGAACUUUAGUUUUUAAUUUGUCAAAACUCUGCAGCUUUAGUUUAUCUCCAUCUUGUUCUAAAAUUUCACAAUAUUUUGGCCAAUUUGUCUCCAUAUUAGUUUUUUUCAGAGCCUUAGCCUCCAUUGGUGACAGCCACCUUGGUGUUUUACUUUCCAACAAAUCCUUAUAUCUCACCCAGACAUUAAACAAUGCUUUCCUGACAAUAUGGUUCUUAAAGGCCUUAUGUGCUUUAACCUUGUCAUACCAUAAAUAUGCAUGCCAUCCAAAGACAUUGUCAAAACCUUCUAAGUCCAAAAUGUCCGUGUUUUCAAGAAGCAGCCAAUCUUUCAGCCAGCAAAAUGUGGCUGAUUCAUAAUAAAGUUUAAGGUCUGACAGGGCAAAUCCACCUCUUUCUUUAGCAUCAGUUAAAAUCUUAAAUUUUAUUCUUGGCUUCUUGCCCUGCCAGACAAAUCUCGAAAUAUCUCUCUGCCAUUUCUUGAAACAGUCCAUCUUGUCCAAAAUCUGCAAUGUUUGAAACAAAAACAACAUCCUAGGCAAUACAUUCAUCUUUAUCGCAGCAAUUCGGCCCAACAAUGAUAACUUCAAUUUUGACCAUAUUUCCAAAUCCUUCUUCACUUCUAUCCAACAUUUUUCAUAAUUAUCUUUAAAUAAAUUCACAUUUUUAGCAGUCAUGUGAACCCCUAGAUAUUUCACUUUCUUGACCAAUGUUAAUCCUGUCUCCUUCUGAAACCUCUCUUUCUCAAUCUCUGUAAGAUUUUUCUCUAACACCUUAGUUUUCACCUUAGUCAAUUUAAAUCCUGCUACUUGACCAAAUUCUUGGAUUAAUUGCAAUACUCUUUUUGUGCUGGAUUCUGGCUCCUGUAGUGUCAAAACCAAAUCAUCAGCAAAAGCUUUCAGUUUAUACUGUUUAGCUCCGAGUUGUAUACCUUUAAGCAAUUGGUCUUUCCUGAUCAUAUUAAGCAGGACCUCCAGGACCGAUAUAAAAAGCAAUGGGGAGAUUGGGCAACCCUGUCUUGUUCCUUUCUCAAUCUUAAACUCUUCUGUAACUACAUUAUUUACGAUCAACUUAGCUUUUUGUUCCAAAUAAAUUGCACCUAUACCGUUUUCAAAACUUUGGCCUACCCCCAUUCCCUGUAAAUUUUUCUUCAUAAAACUCCAAGAAAUAUUAUCAAAGGCUUUCUCCGCAUCCACAAAUAUAAGAACUGCUUUAGUAUUAAUAUUAACUUGUAGUUUUUCUAAAAUGUUAAUAAUAUUCCUCGUAUUAUCUGACAAAUGCCUCCCCGGGAGAAAGCCCGCUUGGUCCUUAUGGAUUUCUUUCACCAAUAUGUUUUUUAAUCUUUUAGCCAUAAUUUCUGCAAAAGUUUUGUAAUCCACAUUAAGUAGGGAUAUGGGACGGUAGUUCUUAAGCUGUGUCUUUUCCGCUUCUGUUUUCGGUAUAAGUGUAAUAUAAGCUUCUUUCCACGACUCGGGUGCCUCCCCCCCCCCCUAAUAUUUCAUUGCAAACUUCUUUCAAAGGCUGCAUUAACCAUUCUUUCAAAGAUUUAUAAUACUUUGCAGUCAGACCAUCUGGCCCUGGAGAUUUGCCCAAUUUCAUGUCCUGAAUGGCUCCUUCCACCUCUUGAUCAGAUAUUGUAGAGUUUAGCAUUGAUUUACUCUCUUGAGAGAUUUUUUGUAAUCCAUUUGUUCUCAAAAACCGAUCAAUGUCUAUUUCUUUCUGAGUCUCCUGCGUGUAUAACUGUUUAAAGUACUUCUGAAAACACAUUCUAAUAUCCACAGGGUUCUGUAUACUCUUUCCUUCUACUACCAAGUUCGUAAUAGUAUUAAGCUUUUGUCUUUUUUUCAUUUGCCAUGCCAACAAUUUCCCACACUUAUUCGCUGAUUCAAAUGUCCUUUGUCUCAUCUGUUUGAUCUUCCAUUCUAUUUCCUGAUUCGUCAGUUUCAUAUAUUGUACUUGAUGUAACUUUAUCUCUUUUAAAAUCUCCUGUGAAUUCGGUUUUGCCCUCAGUCUCUUUUCUCCAUCCUUUAUUUUCUCCAAGAUUUUUUCCCUCUUCUCAUUUUGAACUCUUUUCCUAAUUGCAUUUUGUUGUAUCAAGAACCCUCUCAUCACUGCUUUGCUUGCAUCCCAAAUCACUCUUUUCUCGGUCGUAGUGUUCAUGUUUAUCUCAAAGUAGUCUCUCAAGUUUUUCUGGGCCUUUUUGAUGAUUUCCUCAUUCCUAAGCAAGGAGUCAUUCAUCCUCCAUCUAAAAGCUCCAAUUGGCGUUAAUGCCAUUUCCAUCUUUACUGGGUUGUGAUCAGAGCAGGUUUUAGGACAAAUUACCGCUUUUUUUUAUCUUCGGGGCCAGUCCCCUAGUUAUCCAAAUUUGGUCUAUUCUUGUCCAUGUCAUUUUAGCUUCAGAGAAGAAGGUUCCUUCUCUUUCCAAGGGGUUCUUUAUUCUCCAAAUAUCUACAAGGUACAUAUUAUCAGUCAUUUCAAAAAAUGUCUUUGGUAGUCUGCCAUCUUUCGUCACCGUUUGUCUUUGGGCUUUAUCCAUGUUUGUGGACACUACUCCAUUCAUAUCUCCCAUCAAAAUUAUAUGGUAAUCCAGAUAGUCCAAUAGGAUUUCAUGCAAUUUUUUAAAAAAUUCUGAUUUUCCCUCAUUUGGCGCAUAAAUACCUAAUGUCAAAAACUUCUGACCAUGAAGCUGAGUUUCAAUUGCAAUAACUCUUCCUUGGUCGUCUUUAAAUAAAAAUUUUGGUGACAGGCUUUCCUUUGCAUAGAGUACUACUCCUCUUUUUUUCACAUUGUCUGAUGAGAUAAAUUCUUCUCCUAGUCUUUUAUUGAUCAAAAUUUUCCGAUGUAGCCUUGUCACAUGCGUUUCUUGUAAACAAAUCAAAUCCAAAUGUUCUUUUUUUAGUAUAUGAAAUACUCUCCCCCUUUUUUCCCGGGAGUUCAAACCAUUAAUGUUCCAGCUUAAUAUUUGCAGUGUCAUAUUGUACUUACUCUCCUUCUCCCCCAGCAGCUCCCAAAAGUUUGUCUAUAUCUGUCGGUGGCGUUGAUUUCCCUUUUUUUUGUAGACUCUUAUCCAGUACGGCAGGCUCUUUUCCCAGUCCUUUCUGUAGAUCUUCUUCGUAUGUACUCAGGAACUUAUUUUUUUCCUCCACUGAUCUUAUCUUUAUCUUUCUUCCUUUGAAACUAAAAGAUAGGCCUUGAGGGAAUUCCCACCUGAAAAGGAUCUUACUUUUUCUCAACAGGGCCACCAAGUCUCCAAAGUCUUGUCUUAAAUCCAAAAGAUGUUUCGGUAUGUCUUUAAAAAUUUCCACUUUUGAUUGCAGAAUUGUCAAAGGUUUCUCGUAAUGCAAACCCAGAAUUUUGUCCCUCUCUUCUUUAGAUCGGAGGGUAAUCAAGCAAUCCCUUAUUUUAAUCUUUUUUCCUCCUUUUCCCAAUCUAAAGGCCCUCACAAUCUUGAAAUCUUCUUGUUUCAAAUCCGAUUUCCAAAAUUCUGCAAAUUCUUGUGUCAGAAAAUCUAUCAAGGUGCCCGUCUCCAGCUCAGGAAUAGCUCUAAUUCUUAGAUUGGUCUGUUUCUCUCUCAGUUCAAUCAUAGACAGCGUCAACUUGUGAUCUGCAAUUUCCUUCUGUAGGCCAGGUACCUUCUCAGUUUCCAGCUGCUCUACUUUAAAUUCCACAGCGGCAGUUUUUUCCUGUGUCGACUUCGACUCCUGCAAUAGUCUCUGAAUGGAUUCUGUGUUGCUGUUCACCUUUUCCCCCAAGUUAUCUAAUGUUUCUGUAUUUAAGUCAAUUUUUUUAUUUGCAGUAUCAACUUUCUUAUUCGUUUCUUCAACCUUUUUAUUCGUCUCAUCAACCUUUGUACUAAGUUGUAAUAAAGUUUCAUUAAUCCUGGCCAGAGCGCUGGCUAGAACUUCUUCUGCCAUUCCACUGGACUUAGCUUGUGUUGCUGUCAUAGGCAAGCCAGCAGAUGAUUGCCUUCGAUGCCCCCAAGCUUUCCCAGACCUCAAAACUGACGCGUCUAAUUUCUCUCUGCCAUCUGCCAUAACAAUGUGAGAACCAAGGACACUUUCAGAUGUGCUGUUCCUGUUUACCAGUGGAAAAUUCCUUUGUUGCAAUUUCAAAAAGUCCCCCUAGGUGGACACUGUUACAACAGUCCAGAGCAAUCACUUUCCCUUUUAAAGUAGCAAAAAAAACAACAAACUGUAUUCAGAGGAAAAAACACAGUUCCAAAUAAGUUGCCUUCCAGUUAUUUUUCCAACGAAACUGGGCACAAUGUAUCCACCUUACUAUCAGCAGAUCUCUUUUGACAGCUUUUGACAGCUAAGACGUCUCACUGGCAGAUUGUUCCCCUUUUCUUUAAACAACUUUGCACCGUCCAAAAGCAAACCCCUUCCUUACCUACUUUCAGAAGGGUAGAUUCAGAAAGAAUUCUCAGGUCGGAAAACAGCUCUUUUCAAGUUAAAUUUCAACGUUUUAGCUCAAAGUCUCUAUGCUUUACACUAUCUACAAGACGGGAAGCGGACUUCCUGUAUAUACCUCCCGCCGCGGUAGCCAAUUCAGUCCUUAUUUUCGUUCCAAUUCACAGUCUUUUUUCCUUUUAAGAAUUAAAUCCAAUUCGCAAUCUUUUAAGUCCAUUUCCACCUACUCACGGGUAGUCCUUUAAUCCGAAUAUUCCAGGAAAGAAAUCAGCGCUCUCUAGCAACGGCAACACGGCUUCGCUCCACGAAAGCAGCAGUCAACUCACAGCACCGCGCCUCUCCCCCGUUCCGCUCCGAAGCCUCCAAAAAAAAAAGGCUUCCUCGCGAGUUUGGGGGGCGCUGAAGGGUGCCCGCCGAGUCUCCACGUUUGCAGGCUUCACCGCCUGCGAUUUCUGGGGGUCCCCGCUCCGCCACAGCGCUCAGGACCCGAUUUUCGCAGAGCCGAUUCCCUCCGUAACAAAGGGAAUCCUCCGUUCGCUAAUGGCGCUGACCGGAAGUCUCCCCACAGUGAGACUUAAGUUUAGGCAUGUAUGGGACAGUAACACCCAUCCCUCGCAAGAGAAAAACAAUCCAUUUAACUGUGAAAGAGCUUUGUACAACAAUGAAAGGGUUUUCUCUUCCUCAGCACAUCAAAAGGAGCAAGUGGAAAGGGAACACUUCAGUUAGUGACACUGCUCUCACCCAGCCACAGGAGAUUUCGGUUGCAAACCACGUGACUGGAAAUCUCAACGGUCGCAAGGGGGGCACUCACUCCUGAGUUGCAAAAAGCAACUGACGACUGGUUAAUUUUGAACGCUGGGCGGGACGCAGAUAAAUUGCAUGAUAAUGGCUUCCCCCAAAGUCUUUAUUCUAACACUGCAAUCCUGAACACACUUACUAGGGACAAGAAUAAAUGCUAUUGAACAGAAUGUGGUUUAUUUCUGACAGAAGCAUGCAUAGUAUUGUGCUGUACAAUGAAGACCUCUGUAAGUGGUGAGGUUUUUUUUUAGCCUUGAUGUGUAAUGUGUAUUUUUUUCUUUGCUCUUUUAGGAAAUGGAUGGAGCCUUUUCUUCAUGUUGAAUGUCUACUUUUCAGACUGAUUGCUAAACUACUAUGGCAGGUCAAAGAGGAAAUCACAUGCAGUUCCUAUCCCCCUUGUCUUCUUCCACGGUGAACUGUCAUAAAUCUCCAUCAUGUUCAAGUAAAAUUCAUAGUAUUUGCAUGGUGUCCGACUUUUUUUAUCCAAACAUGGGAGGAGUGGAAAGCCACAUCUACCAAUUGUCACAGUGCCUAAUUGAAAGAGGACACAAAGUUAUCAUUGUCACUCAUGCUUAUGAAGACCGUAAAGGCAUUCGUUACCUCACCAAUGGACUGAAAGUCUAUUAUUUGCCAUUAAGAGUUAUGUACAACCAGUCUACUGCAACAACUCUCUUCCAUAGCCUGCCUCUGCUCAGGUAUAUAUUUGUACGUGAAAGAGUCACCGUUGUCCAUGCCCAUAGUUCAUUUUCUGCUAUGGCUCAUGAUGCCCUGUUCCAUGCCAAGACAAUGCAACUACGGACAGUUUUUACAGACCAUUCCCUUUUUGGAUUUGCUGAUGUUAGUUCGGUGCUUACAAACAAACUCUUGACUGUAUCGCUAUGUGAUACAAACCACAUAAUAUGUGUUUCUUACACUAGCAAGGAAAAUACUGUGCUGAGAGCAGCACUGAAUCCUGAAAUAGUUUCUGUCAUUCCCAAUGCCGUUGAUCCUACUGACUUCACUCCAGAUGUAUCUAGAAGGAACAAAAGCACAAUAACUGUUGUUGUUGUCAGCAGGCUUGUAUAUAGAAAAGGUAAUGAGAUCCAAAAUAUACGUGGCACUUAAUGUGGCUUCUUUCUAAUGCUAUAGAGUUGAUCAGAAAUUGCCUUUCUGUUUGUAUCUACCUUUUAAAUUUACAUAAGUUUUGCUGCAUGAUAUUAUGGCUGGUUUUAUUAUUAUUUUAUUAUUUACUAAAUUUGUCAGUUGUUUUAUCUUACCCAGGGAAGCCCAAAGUGACUUACAGCCAAACAAAAAGACAAUAAAUCCCACACAGAUGCAUUGAAACAAAGAGAAUAGAGAAAUACAUUAAAAGCAUCCCACCUACUUCUAAAAGGUCACAGAUAGUUAAAGGCCAAAGACCUGGUUAUAGAGGAAAGUUUCUGCCUGGCACCUAAAUAUUUUAAGACCUGGCAAGUAUAAAAUCCUGUUUAGAUCUGUGGCAGACCGCAUGCAGUUGCAUGUGGAUUCACAUGCUGCUUGGCAGGAACUGCGUGGGGCUGCCAGUUUUAACAAGUGAAACUACAGGUGAGACUGCUGUGAUAUCAUAGGAUCAUGAUGACCUGAGCAAGGGCUAUUGUUGUUGCAGGUAGAGGGCCUAGAAGAACGGUCAUAAUGCAUACAGUUUGUUCUGUUCCUCCAAACAUGCAAAUACAUAAAAUAAAAAGGAAUGUUGUGAGAUAUAGGGGUGCCUAAACCAAAAACCUAGGAUAGACAACAAAUUCAGAGCAAAGAGCAAAAAAGGCAUUGGCCCAUUAACUCUUUCUAGCAGACAUUUUUAUCUUCAGCACUGGCACCAAUGGUUUUUUUUCUGGGAUGCUCAGGGAUACGCUGUACCGGCACCAUUUUUUUUUUUUUAGAAGAAAAAUACUGACUGGCACAAUGUUUUGCCUUUAAAAAAUUUGCUGUCGUGUAAGUGUCACACUAAGAUUGGGGAGCCAGUGUUGAAGUUCUUGCUCUGCCGUGAAGCUCAGCAUGACCCUGAGUCACGUCAUCUCUCAGCCUGUACUGUUUCACGGGGCUUUUCGUAGUAUAAAAUGAGGCAAGGGAAAGCCAUGCACAGCUCCUUGGAGGAAAGGCAGGAUAUGACUGCAAUUAAUUUAGGGGGAAUGAUUGUGAAAGUGCAGUGUGCUACCUUCCAUUCACCAGUACAAGGCAUGUUGGUAAUCCACCUACACAAUAUCUAGUGCAUUUUCCUUUUGGACUGUUGCCUCUGGGCUAGUAGUUUAGAUACUAGUAGAGAAUCCAUCCCUGCUACCUUUUCUCUGUUAGUGGACUUUAUUCCCUGCUGUUCCUGACAGUAGCCAUGCAACCUCACGGCUUCCAGUCUUGUGUUACAUGGGAGUAAGUUCUUCUGAACCCAGGAGGACUUACUUUUGAGGAAACAGGUUUUCUAGUGCAACUGCUAGAAGAAAGUAAUUGUUCAAGACACUAUCUUCUCUUUCUCUUAAGUUUUGUUCUGCCUUAUAUAUUCUCCAUUAAUCCUCCCUGCUUCUGUGGGUAGGACAUAUGAUUGUUGUCUACUUCCCAAAAAGCAGCUUUUGCACAAAGCUUUGCUUGUAGUGUAGCAGAUUUCUAAAAUCAGGUACCACUGAGAUCUCGCAGCAGUAAUGAAAUUUUUAUGGAGUAAGAUAGAGUUGAAGUAAAUUUGUAAACUUCAGAAAUAAACUCUAAAUCUGGUCACAGUAAAAAAUCAAGGAACCCAGUACAGUACACUAUAGUUUUUUAUUUGCAAUUUUAUUAACACAGUUUUUUGUCAUUUUCUUUUGAUGCUGACGUAUGAUGGAAUGCUUUGUCAGGUAGAUAAGUAACAAAUCUGAAAUACCAACUGCCUCUAAAUAUUAUGUCUUCAGGUAUAGAUUUGCUUAGUGGUAUAAUUCCUGAACUUUGUCAGAAGUAUCCAGAUUUACAUUUCUUAGUUGGAGGAGAAGGACCAAAAAGAAUUGUAUUAGAAGAGGUACGGGAAAGAUACCAGCUGCAUGACAGGUACUUGCCUUGCUCUUGUUUUAAUACUGUUGUGGUGACUGAAGGGUCAAAGGAAGAAUUGGGUGAGCAUUGGGAGGAAGGUUGCAAGGGGGAGGUGCAUAUGGCUAAUGAAAUUUGCAUAUAAUUUCCACCAUCCUGCCAGAUACUGAGCAGCACUUGGUAGCGUGCUGUGAUUUUUCUGGAACAUUCUUGUUUUGGAAGAGUGCUCUCAAUUCUGGCAUAUUAUAAACUUACAAAAUUCGUUUAGGUGAGUCACUCUUUUCCAUGUAUGCAGCUCAGUGCACAUGGGGGUAGGGGAUGGCACAGCAGUCUGAUAAUCCGCUGUGGAUAAUCCCCCCAAAUAUGUAAAUUUGUAAUCUGGAAGGUGCUUGAUGGUCAAUCAGUAUUCAGUUCUUCAAAAUCUUUUCAAGAUUGCUUUCUUGCUCAGUUUAAAUAAGAUGUCCAGUUACUUUCUUAAGAUACUUGUAUUUCUUCUAUUCCUUGUUGGUCCACAUUGAGCUUCUUCACUGAACUAGCCACUAUAGCCCCAAAGUCUUGUUCCUAGUCAUUCACCACCAGUCCAGAUUACAUUAGCAUAUACAGUCAAACUUUGGCUCCCAAACACCCCCAUUUUGGAACAUUUCAGCUCUCAAAAGCCGAAAACCCAGAAGUAAAAGUUCGGGUUUUUGAAUGUUUUUCGGAAGCCGAACACCCAACACGGCUUCUGCUUGAGUGCAAGAGGGUCUUGCAGCCAAUCAGAAGCCAUGCCUCAGUUGUCGAACAUUUUGGAAACCAAACGGGCUUCCAGAAUGGAUUACGUUUGACAACCGAGGUUUGACUGUAUGUGAAGUUUGGAUUGAUUUUUUAUUUUUUUUGCCAUUUUACUGUCCAUUCACCCAGUUUGGAGAAAUCCUUCUGGAGCUCUUCACAGUCCCUUUUUGUUUUGUUCAGCUUGAACAACUUGGUAUCAUUAGCAAAUUUGGCUACCUCCCUGCUCAUUCCUAGCCCUUGAUCAUUUUAUGAGCAAGUUAAAAAGCAAAUGUCAUAACACUGAUCCUUGGUGAACUCCCAUUUUCUACAUCACUCUUUUGAAAGAACUGUCCUUUUAAUUCUACAGUCUGCUUCCUGUUUCUUAACAAAAUACUGAUCUGCAAGAGGACUUCUCCUCUUACCCCGUGAGCCUUUGGUGAGGGACUUUAUCAAAAGUCAGCUCUUUACUUGGCACAAAAGUCUUAAUGUUGGGGAAGAGUGUUCCUGAGUCCCUGGGGAAGAGUGUUCCAUAAGCAUAAUUGCUCCUUUAGGAGGAAAGGCAGGGUACAAAUUUAAUAAAAUAAAAAAUUAAAUGAAUAAAACAGCAGCUAGUUGCCCAUCUCUUUAGGCGAGUGAAAGUGGAAAAGGAAAAAUGUAUAUAUGGUCAAACCUCUGUUCCUGAACAGCUUCAUUUUGGAAUGUUUCAGCUCCCAAACCAUUUCCGCUCCCGAAUGGUUUUUGAGCGUUUUCGAUGCGGCUUCCGCUGAAUGCAGAAAACUCUUGGAACCAAUCGGAAGCUGCGCCUUAGUUUUCGAACAUUUUGGAAGCCGAACGAGCUUCUGGAAUAGAUUAUGUUCGACAACCGAGGUUUGACUGUAUUGGCAAAGAGCAAUCCUCUAAGUAACCUGGCUCCAAUAUGUUUAGGGCUUUAAAAAUUAAUGCCAGGACUUAAAAUCAGGCCCAGAAAUGACAUGGAAACUAGUGCAGAUAACUGCAUUGCUCUGUUUUGGGCCUGCUAAACUGUCUGCACCAUUUUAAAAGUCAGCCUCACAGUACAUGACAGUAAUCCAUUUUGGAGAUUAUCAUAAUGGAUACCCAUCACAAAGUUUUCUCUAUGUGGUGUCAUUAAAUGUUGGCUGAAUUAUGCCCGUUAUGGAUUGUAUCUGAAUGUGUGAACCAAUGACAUUUAAAAGCAUUGUGGAGUUUGUUUUGAUAUGCAGUCCAGCCCAUCAGUGUCAGUAGUGUAAAUAGCUAAGAAAGUUCAUAAGCCACAAAAUUAGUGAUAUUGACAAGUGAUCAUACACAUGGUUAUGAAGACUUUUGCAAAGAUUACCUUUAAAAAACUUGUUUUCUCUAAUUGCAUGCAGAGUCCGUCUCCUGGGAGCUUUAGAACAUCAGGAUGUUAGAAAUGUCUUGGUUCAGGGACACAUUUUUCUCAACACUUCUCUCACCGAAGCAUUUUGCAUGGCAAUUGUGGAAGCUGCCAGUUGUGGUUUACAGGUAAAAACAGUUUCCUUGUUUAGAGAGACUAGUUGGACAUUUUCUUAAUAACAUAAUAUACAACUACGCAUUAACAAGCAGACUUUUGAAUAACAUAUCUGACAGAAGUGUCUACACUUAUAACUACAAGUUCUUUGGAAAUGAAGAAUCAGUUUGCAUGAGACUUACAACUUGAUUGUCAGUUCUCUGUAUUCAUUAUGUAGAAUUUUAACAUAACUGGCUUGCAUAUUUCAGGAAUGCAAGGUGUGUUUGAACCUUGAUUAUUUGUCUUAUUCUCAUCUUUGAUUCAGAAAGCAGCAUUUGGACAACUGAAGACUCAAUCAUUAUCCUUAAAAAAAUUCAUUGACAGCUUUAAACAUUAGAUUGCCACAUUGUGUAUCUAGUGAAGGAGAGAUUAUUCUACAGUUUAGUAAUAUAUGAGAAAGAAAAACAAUAUAAAAUGAAAAUGUUGAGGUAAAAGAUUGAAUUAAAUCAAAUUUUAUUUUGGUUCAUUUGGAAGAAGAUCACUCACUGUUUGGAUUAAAUUAAAAAAAUCAUUUUGAGUCUCUGAAUGUUCUCAAGUAAUUACAGACUUCCAUGUUUUCUGACGUGGCUGCUAGAUUAAGCUAGGCAGAAAAGAGUGCAAGUCGCAAGCGCUGCUGAAACUGAACAGGAGGAAUUAUAGAUUCCUAACUGGCUCUUUUUAUUCUAGUAAUGUUUGGCUGGCAUAGACCAAGGAAUGGGUGAGGAGCAAUCCAGCUCAUCUAUUCAUUGGUUCUGCCUGCUGCAAGUUGUUGAGAUGGUGCUUCUACAGAAAGGGAAGGAGUUUGGUUUCUCCUCCUUGCAUCUCUCUGAAGCGGCAGGGAGGCUGGAGUCUGAGGUCUCUGGACUCUUUGGUAUCCUUCAGCCCUGCAGAACUUUGGGAGAAGCCCUCUCUCAGGGGUGUGACUGCUCACAGCUCCAGUGGGAUGAUGAACCCUGAAAGGUGCAUUUCCACCUUUUGUCAUAUAGAUCUCAAUUUAUGAUCCACCAGCUAUGUAUUGUGUCCUGCCAGGUGAUUGAUAAACCGCCCCUUCUGGCUAUUGCAGGAAGACAUAAAAAAUGUAGCCUCUAGGAACUGCUAUGCAUAUCUGUUGUGCUGCUCAGUUUUGAGGAUUCUGCUGUGCUGGCCUUUUCUACUCUGUUUAAUAUUUUCACGUAUGUUCAUAUAAAAUUGGCUUAAGAGGUCAUAAAGUACACUGAUUACUUCAUUUGAUUAAUUCAACUUCAUUUGCUUGAUUUAUUUACAUCCAACCUUUACACACACACACACAGAGUGCUUUUUUUCUGGGGGAAUGCAGGGGUACGCAUACACCUAAACAUUUUGUGAAUUUUGUACUUUUGUCCAUUUGUUUUCCCCGAUUUGAACUAUAGAAUGGUGAUUUUCUUGAGUCAAAAGUCCUGACAGUAAGAGCUGUUUGACAGUGGAAUUUGCUGCCAAGGAGUGUGGUGGAGUCUCCUUCUUUGGAGGUCUUUAAGCAGAGGCUUGACAACCAUAUGUCAGGAGUGCUCUGAUGGUGUUUCCUGCUUGGCAGGGGGUUGGACUCGAUGGCCCUUGUGGUCUCUUCCAACUCUAUGAUUCUAUGAUUCUAUGAAAAUGAGAGUACCCCUAAACAUUUUUAAAGAAAAAAGCACUCUGUGUGUGUAUACUUUUCAGCAUACACUACAAUUAAAAAACAACUAAUCCAAAUAAUAAAAAAGAAAAGAAGAAAAGAAGAAGCAUAAAGGGGGGGGGGGAUAGAAAGCCAUCUUUCAGAGGUGCAGCUUAGCUCUUGUCCCCCACUGAAGGUGGGGGACCCUCCCAGCUCCCACUUGGGAGAUCUUCCCUGCCUCUCACGCAUCCAUCCAACACCUUUUGUGCAUACCUUCAUUAAUCCAGAGUAGAGAAAGCAGGAAAUAAAGGUAAUAAAAAAUAAAAAGAAAGAGAGAAAAAAGAGAAAUAAAGAUGACUUUCAUCUCUUUAAUAGAGAAUUGCAUUCCUUUCUUAUGCUAAAGAAAUUAUUUUCACUUUUGUAGCGCUUCACAAAAAGGACAGAGCAUUAAAAGUAAUAUAAAAUAAAGAUUAUUAAGCACCCUUAUCCGUUUAUAAUCUUUCUUAAUCACAAAUACCUGUCUCAUCUUACGCCAGCAGUCCAUUUGUGUUCUAGGUGAAAAUUAAGUGGUGGAUAGAUUCACGUCCGUCAUAAUUCAUCCCAGUCUCAGAAGUAAUUAAAAGAAGGGAGCUUUAGCUGACCUGAUGUCCCAAGGACUAACCUUCAGGGCUAUUAUGCAGGCACAAUGGUGAUUCCUUGUUCCCAACACGUUCCCUCCAUCCAAAAACUUCAUCUAGUCCAACCCUUUGCAAUGUAGGAAUCUUAGCUAAAGCAUCCAUAACACAUGGCCAUCCAACCUCUGCUUAAAAACUUCCCAGGAAGGAGAGUCUAUCACCUCCUGAGGGAGACCAUCCCAUUGUUGAACAGCCCUUACUGUCAGCACUGUUUAGUUGAAAUCUCCUUUCCUGUAACUUGGAGCCAUUGGGAAAACAAGCUUGCUCCAUCUUCCAUGUGACGGCCUUUGAGAUAUUUGAAGAUGGCUAUCAUAUCCCCUCUCAGUCUCCUCUUUUCCAAGCUAAACAUGCCCAAUUCCCUCAACCAUUCCUCAUAAGUCUUGGUUUCCAGACCCUUGGUCAUCUUGGUUGCCCUCCUCUGCACAUGUUUCAGCUUGUCGACAUCCUUCAAUUGUGGCACCCAGAAUUGGAUAAUGUAUUCCAAGGCAGACCAAGGCAGAGUAGAGUGGGAUUACGACUUCCCUUGAUCAGGACAUUAUACAUCUGUUGAUGCUGCUGCAUCACACGGUUGACUUCCAUUAAGCUUGUGGUCCUUUAAUCUCCCUAUCUUCAAAGGUAGAGAGUAAUAACAAAGGUUUAUGUUUUGCCUAUUGUUAAUCACAGCAUAAUUAUCUUGUUGUAGUGUCAGCAGUCAAUGACUAGCCAGCCAGCUUUUCUCCUGGAAGUCCCACAUCCAGUCUAUCCUCAAAAAGACUGAAGGAAGCUGAUAGCAAAAAUAAAAAUAUGGAUUUAUAAUGUCAAAACGCCACCUUCAAUCUAAUACAAAAGAGCAAAAUUAAAACAGCUUGUCUAAUGGAUUUGUAAGAUAUUAGUACUGGUGGAGGGUGUUUGGGCAAGAAGUGACCUGUUUUGACAACGGGGCGGGGGGUCAAAGGAGAGAGAAAUGGCGCUGAAUGGAAGUGUCUCCUUUCUUGAGGAGUUUCCACAGUCAUGAGUCUCCCUGUGUAAUUUUGGGCCAUUCAUAUACUCUUCAUCUGAUUUACCUCACAGUGUUGCUAUAAGGAUAAAAGUUGAGAUAGAAGCUGAGAAGGCCAUUUAUGCCACCUAGAUGGAAGGGCAAGACAACACAUUUAUUUAUACAUUUACAGCUGAUCAUUUGGAGGUGAAACAUUCAUUACUGUGUUGUAUUAUUGAUAUAGUAUUUUUGAAACCUAAAUUGCCUGAUAAGUAUAAUAUAAAUUUUCCUGCUAUUUUAGGUGGUGAGUACAAGGGUUGGUGGGAUUCCUGAGGUGCUGCCAGAUAAUUUUAUAAUCUUAUGUGAACCUUCCGUGAAAUCUCUCUGUAAUGGUUUGGAAAAGGCAAUUCGUCAACUGAAGUCAGGAUCGCUUCUGUCUUCAGAAAUAAUACACAACAACGUUAAAACUUUCUAUACUUGGAAGGAUGUUGCAAAGAGAACUGAAAAAGUAGGUACACUUCCAUAUUCUGAGACCCAUUAUAUUUUCCUGGUCUUUGUUUUAGUGUGUGUGUGGGGGGGAACCUGUGGCCCUCCAGGUGUUGCAAUGCCCAUCAGCCCCCAAAAGCUUGCUCAGUGGUCAGGGAUGGUGGUAAUAGCAGCCCAGCAGCAUCUGAAGGGUCAAAGGUUCAGCAGGGAGGCUUGAGUAUUUUUCAGAGUGGAGGGUGAGCAGCUCUACAAAUAUGUUGUUUUUAUGUCAUACUUUGUUGUGAUAUUACGUAACAGAAAUAAGUUCUCAAAUUCCUUGUGCUGGUAGCAUAAUUUGCAAGCUUCAUUAAAAUUGCCUUCACUUGGGCCCUUGCAUAACAUCUCCUAGUUGUUUCACUAUUUAGCUUGUUGGUGUGGAAAUCCUUCUAACUAACAGUCUUUACUAGAUACUCCUAACUUAUUUCCACCAGAAACCUUCACAUACAUUGUACUCUGUACUGGAGCAACCCUAGUCAGAUGAGUAAAUUCUCCACCUCCCCUAGAUGCAAUGUUAUUGAGAAUCAAGAGCCUCCCUUUGCAAAACAGUCUGUGGACCUGCUGCUGAGAGAGAGCUGCUACCUAUGGACCUCUUUCUGAGAUCUCUCCUAAGCCCCACAAGUGCUUGUGCAUAUGCAGAAGUACACCCUGUAUUGGACUUAGAAUAUAAUCAGCCUUAUAAGCAGAUGUCUUGCCUAUUAGAUGAUGCAAUCUAAACAUUGCAGACAACCCUCAUGUAUUCCCCCCCCCUUUCUUUCUUAGGUGUAUGACAGAGUGGCAGGUGAAACUGUAUUACCAAUGGGCAAACGACUUGACAGACUAAUCUCUCACUGUGGCCCAGUGACCGGCUGCAUUUUUGCUCUUUUUGCUGUGCUCAGCUUUCUUUUCCUGAUCCUCUUGAGGUGGCUGACACCAGAUUACCUUAUUGAUGUUGCAAUAAAUGCUACAGGAGAAAACGGGGCAUGGACUCGACAGUAUUUCCCCAAUAAAAACAAAAAAGAGAAGACUUCGUUCUGUUAAAGGUGCUAACAAACAGGACUGCAUUCUCCUAUGGUCCAGCAUUGUCUGUUAGAUUUACAUUUGCCAAGCAAUGUUUUUAUAAAUUACUGGACAAUUUUUCUUGAUCUUUGGAAAGAAGAUGUUCUACCUCAGAUUAGGAUAGUCUAAAAUGGCUUAGGAUAGUUAUGCUUGCCAAGACCUGCCACAAUAGCUGAUCACAUUUCUUUCAACCUGAAUGAUUUUGUCUAAAUAUGGAGAAUCUCAUUGUGGCAAUUACUGAAAGAAAGACUUGGGUGAAUAGGUGGAAUUUUACUGCUUUCCCUAUUUUUAAUAUCCUUACCUUCCCCCAAGCCUUAAAGAUGAACCUUCUGUUCCAGCGCAAACCAAGUGGAGAUCAAAAUUGUAACUCUAGAUGUCAGGUGUGCUUUUUAAGGGUCAGACACCAAUGUGAGACACAGGUCCCAUAGAGAAGAUUGGACUGAAUCUUUCUUUAGGUUUCUUGGGCACUAAUGAACAGUAUGAAAACAAGCAUAUUUUAAUUUUUUGCAUGCUUUCCUGAAUAUACAUUUUAAAAUGUGUUCUUUGGAAGAAGUUGCUUCUUGCUGGUGUUACAAUUUACUUUUUAUGGUUUUGUUCAGACACAUCUGGAAACUGCUUUCAUGCUGCACGGAUAAGCCCAAGAGAGCCUCCCUAUCUCCAGGGUGCAACAAGGAGAAGGUUGGAAGUUUCUGCUUUUAUGUAAAAAAAGCAACAACAACCCAAAACCUAUGGUUCCCCUUUAUGGAUAAACCUGGGGGAUUGUUAUUCUGA